CAGCUGCCAUCCCCCGAUUCUAGUAAAGACAGUAUUAGAAAGCAUCUGCAGACCUCUCUGUUCGUAGUUACCAGGCAACAGAAAGGCCCUUAGUUCUCUCCAAUUAAACCACUCAUGCUGCAGGCAGAGGAAGGUAUACCUCACAUAAUGAGUCUGCUCAAAAAGCUGUAGUUCUGUGGUAGACUGCUUGCCCAGCGGGGUCGGAAGUGGGAGAAAUAGGGGAACCCUGCUUGGCUUUUUGUGUCCUUGUAUUUCUCAAGCUAGUCCAGACGUAUGGCGUUACGAAAUGUUUUUUUUUUUUUAAUCAAAGGUAUUAUUUGUAAUUUUUUCCUGUUAAUAAUCACACAAUUGUUGGAGGAGAGGGUACUAUCUCAGUCGAGAACUUUCUAUCUCAUUGGUUUGGGGUUAACAUUAACUAGCCUUUGCAAUGGUCACAUACACUACUUUCCGGUUGACUCUAUGCCAGAAGGCAAGAUUUCCAGAGCCCAGGGGUCUAAGGAUCCCACUGAGGGUGGCGGCUGCAUGGAUUAGAAGGUGCUCUGCAGUGAUUGGGGGACGGGGCGAAAAGCGAAGAAGGUGGAGAAUAGGGAUCAUGUGUGUUCCUCGAAUGUACAACCCACAUUUGAAUGACAAAUAACAAGGCCAACCUAUAAAAACAACUAAGCGCAAAUCUACCCAUAUCCAUCUUCCCCGGGAUGCGUGUGGUUUUUCAACUAACUUUGGGAAGUCGCAGAGACCCAGCGGUGUGGCCCUCACCACCUCUCCUACACUUUGGCAUUUUAAGCGUGCACCGCCCUUAAAGGUAUCUUUCUUUCCUCCGGAUUAAGUAUGGAAGAUCCCUUCAGCCCCUCAACUCUGUCUCCGGUGUCUAACCUAUCCCUACCCAUUCGGCAGAGCUGGGGUCUCAACCUCACUUCUAAGCAGGGAACCUCUGUGCCGGGACCGCAGCCGCCUCCACGCUGGCCACCUAGCCACCGGAUCCAUCUGGUCUUCUUGGGGAUCAUCCUGGCGGCCUCGGUAGCUGGCAACACCACAGUGCUCUGCCGCCUGUGCGGCAGUAGCAGCCGACCCUGGCUGGGUCCCAAGCGUCGCAAGAUGGACUUCCUGCUGGUGCAGCUAGCAGCGGCUGACCUGUACGCGAGUGGAGGCACCGCGCUGUCGCAGCUGGCUUGGGAGUUGCUGGGCGACCCGCGACCUGCUCUGGGCAACUUGGCUUGCCGCCUUUCCCAGUUGCUGCAGACAUCUGGGCGGGGCGCCUCCGCCCACCUGGUGGCGCUCAUUGCUUUGGAGCGCCAGCUCGCAGUGCGAGGUCCUCAGGGCCCACAGUUGCCCGCACGCGCCCUGACUACCCUGAGCUGGCUGCUGGCUCUGCUGCUUGCUCUGCCGCCCACCUUCGUGGUGCGCUGGGAAGCGCCUCCAUCUUCAACCGCCAGCGCCUGGCCCGGGGAGCAUCGCUGCCACGACAUCUUCGCCCCCCUGCCGCGCUGGCACCUGCAGGUCUACGCGCUCUACGAGGCUAUCGUGGGCUUCGCGGCGCCAGUCGCGAUCUUGGGUGUCUCUUGCGGUCACCUGCUGUGUGUCUGGUGGCGGCGCGGGUCUCAGGCUUCGGUGGCUGGGAUGCCCUGGUCCGCCAGUAUGGCUCGAGCCUCCUUACCCAGUGCGCUGCCCCGCGCCAAGACGGGUGACUGCCGUCUCUGGCGGCGGCUACGGAGGCGUAUAGGAGUUCUGUGCUGCGUGCAGGAGGAAGAAGCCGAGAUCAGCGGAGGGGCUGGGGACCACCAGGCACUCCACCGCCAUCGCUGGCCCCACCCCCAUUAUCACCAUGCCCGGCGGGAGGAGCGGGACCAAGGCGGCCUGCGCCCACCCCCGCCACGCCCCAGACCUCUGCCCUGCUCCUGUGAAAGUGCCUUCUAGGAGCUGCUGCACAGACAGGUCGUUUGUCACUGUGGCACAGACUUCAGACAACACAGGAUGUAAGUGGUCUGCCUAAAUCACGAAUAGUGGAACUGUCUGCAGGAACCACUGAAACUGCCCGCAUACUUUAUGCGACAGUUAUUUCCUUCUAAUUAAGGACAUGGUUUUUACUUCUUGUUUGUUUUCUUCCCUGUGGUUCCUCUCACAAUGCCCAUUUUAAGGAGACCAAAUGCUUGGAAAGUUGUUUAAAAAAAAUCUGAGUUCCAGAGUUAAUAUUUUUGCAAUUCUCUUUUAUAUUCCCACUGUGUUCUAGAUAAGAACAUUUAUUUUAACAAAAUUGUCAAUUUUUCAUUCGUUGCUAUUAUGUUUUUAGUGAAUUCGAAUUGUGCUUAAAUCAAGUGCAUCUUUGGGGAGCAGCAAAUUUGCUGUUCCUACCAAGAAGAAAAUCCCCAUAAUGCUCUUCCUGGGGAGAUCUGGAGUCCUAUUAGCAAAGCUAUAGGAAAGUAAUUAUGCUGUCACUUCAGUGACAGAGCAUUUGAAAAAUAAAAGCAUUCCCCACAUAGCAGCUAGAACACCUUUUUUAACGUGGUAAUGUGUUUUCUGGGAAGAAAAUCGGUGUGGCUUUUAUUUCCAAUCUAACUUCCACAUCAAUAAAAACUGAGAGUACAUGAGGACAUAAAGCUUCUUUUAGUUCUUUCCAAGCAUGUCUAUAUUCCGUCAGACAUAGAGUUAUUGUGCCCAGUCCAGCUUCUAAGUCUGUCCACAUUAAACUCCUAAGGGAAAAGUCUUGAGGGAAAGUGUUAAGUAGAUGUGCCAGGGCAGGAGUCACUGUCCAAGUGCUCCAAGAUCUGCAGGAAAAAGCUCCAAGUUCAGCAUGUAGGUAGAAAACUGCUUAAAAAUAAACCUGUGUAAACAGGUGUAGUAGAGGCCCUGCCAUCGAUCUCAGCACCCAGGCAAGAGCAUUGUCUUGAAUUUGAGGCCAACAUCGACUAAGUAGUGAGUUCUAGAAUAGUCUGGGCUACACUGUUAGACUUCGUCUCAAACAAACAAAACAAUGUGUAGCUUGCUCCUGUGAGUCUGAAUUAAAUCAGGGAACAGUCGAUGUAUGUGCUCCUCCUCGUAACUGUUCAUGCUUCGAGGGGAAAUGGCAGCAUUUCUGAGCACUGCCCACCAUGUGCUCAGCUGCACCCUGCACCUGAGAACACACAGCGUGGGUUCUUCACCGUAAGUAAGUGUGCCACUAAGAAGCAGAGAGGAAGGGAUUGGCUAAAGCUUGUUUACACAAGUGAUAAUCUUUGAGGAUUAUGUUUUGCUCGUGGUUAUAUUUGUAUACUUCUACAUCAUGUGAUACAUAGGGACCACUCAAUGCCCAUUUGUGGCAUAGUUUAGCAAGAGUAGCUAUAGGCAGGCUACAUAAAGGAUAAGGGAAAGGAAAUAUGCAUUCCUCCAGAAUACUUUUUCUUAGCAGAUUCAUCAGUUCAGCCCAUACUGGGUCCUAACAGAAGGAACUCAGGCCUGUCAUCCUUUGUAUCACUUGGCUGUUUGGAACCUGGAAGUUGGCAUCAUCUUCCCGAGAGGCUAGCUUAUCUGCUGAAAGCUGCCAAGAAAUGGCAGGUGUGAAACAGCAGCUACUCAAUGUACGCUUGCUCAACCCAGCAAUAACCCAAAGGUUGUUCUUCUAUGAGAACCUAGUAAGGGCUUCACCUAGAAAAAAUGAGUCCUUGCAUCAGCUCUUGAUGGAUUCAACAUCAUCUCCCCUGCUCUCUGGCCUCUGAAAGUGACCUUGCUAUAACAGAAAGAAGUCCAUCCAAUGAAGGUCUGGAACUCACUAAAGCUCAAAAAACUGUCCCUAGGCACCUUCGGGGUGAACUAGGUGGACCUGUUGAUGGGGACCAUACAACCUUGUCUUACAUGAGGACAUAGACUCUUCUAUCUAAACUUGUAUGAAUUUGGGUCUGAGUGUUUGAUUCUUAAUCUUUCCCACUGAAGGUCAACUAUGCAAAGCAUGUGACAGUUUGGUCAAAAGGACCCUCUAGUAUAUUUCUCAAGCUCCCUCUGCACCUUACUGAUCUGUUCAAAAUGUUCAUAAUUUCGUCUGUCCUUCACCAGUCUUCAAACAUUGUGAGUUUUUGCAAAGUGUGGCAUGCACAGUGCAGAGUAGACGAUAGAUUGAAUCUAUUAUAAGGUAACCCAAGGUAAUUACAUGGACUGUUCUCGAGAUCUGAAAGUGACCAGCAAGACCACUCUGGGGAAAAAAACAAAGGCUGAGAGCAAACAAGGGCCUGAGAGACCAUCAAGAAGGGAAAUGCCAUCAAAAGGUGAGAGUGGACAGUGAGCAUAGAGACCAUUGUUCCAUCCUACAUUUUAAGGCAGGCUUUAUACCAUGUCUGAAACAGACUGUUUCCUAAAGGGCAUCUUGUCCAGAUGAUUGAUAGGCCCUUGAGACUAACUCUUAAGGCAGAGGACAAUGAGUUAUCAAGAAAAGGGACAAUGGCAUCUUUGUUUUUCUUUUACCAGAAGUCCUUCCACUAGAUAGAAACCUUAUAAUCUUCCUGGUAGUUUAGAAUGCCAUUGCUCCACAAAAGACCAGAGAUAAAAUUCAGAUGUCAGUAUUUUUACCAAUAAUCAAAGUCGUUCAAUUCCUACAUCUGGUUUUACAAGUUGCUGACUAAAAAGGGUCAGUCCUAAAGAGCUUUCAAGUCUGUUAAUAUCUAGCUAGCAGUGUGACAGCAGGACAUGACACAAGGGAACACAGGUCAUUCUCCACCACACAGAUCUCUUCAUUGUGGGCUAUUUCCUGCCCACAGGGCCAGCCUCCCCCAACUGAGUGCUAUGUUGGUAGAGGGGAGAUUCAGAAGACUGUUGUGCCCCUGACUGAGGCCAAAGAACCCCUUUCUCUUCCUCUGGAAUUUGAACAGUAAAUGAUACUGAGCUGCAGA